AUGUCCCGUACAUGUUUAAUUUCAAUAAUAUUAUUUGUUAUUGUGCAGUAUUUUAUCUUUGUUCAUAGUCAAUGUCCAUCAAAUUUCUUAAUAGAACCAUGUUUAUGUAUUGAGAGCAAUGCAACAAAUAAUCAAACAGUACUGUAUCCAACUUUAACAGAAAUAAUUUCAAUUCGUCAAGAAUCAAUUAUAUGUGAACAUAUUAGAAAUUCAUUCUUGGAUUUACGUUCUAUAUUUAUUAAACUUAGCAUUGUCUUGUUAAACAAUAAUCAAUCGAAUAAUCUGACCAAUUUUAAUGAUUUUCUUUUACAUAAUAUACUAAUUAAUCAUCUGUCGGAAAAUGUUUUUAGAAACAUCACUUUUACGAAUAUUUUAUUAUAUCAUAAUCCACUAUUAAAAUCAAUUGAUUAUAACGCAUUCAAUAAUACACGAAAUUAUGUUGAAGUAUUUAGAACUUUAAAUGCAAGUUUAUCAGACGGUGAUAAUCUAUUUACUGUAGUAAAAAAAUUUUAUAAUUUAAAAGUUUUUAGUAUGGAAAAUGAUGAACUAAAAUCCGUUCCAGAUUAUGCAUUCAAUCAUACUGAACUUCGAUAUAUAUCGUUGGGUACUCAUUUUCGACAAACAUUACAACCAUUUAAUCAUAUUGGUAAAUAUCCAUUUUAUAAUGUACCAAAUUUAAUAGCAUUACGAAUUUUAUCGCCUUUACUAACAAAAAUUGGUAAAUAA